AUGGCUGCUGAAUCUCCUACUUCUGUUCGUAAAGUGGUUGUUCAUCUCAGAGCCACCGGUGAUGCUCCGAUUCUCAAACAAUCCAAAUUCAAGAUAGCUGGAACCGAUAAAUUUGCCAAAGUGAUAGAGUUUCUCCGCAGACAGCUCCACAGGGAGACAUUGUUUGUAUAUGUCAACAGUGCUUUUUCACCAAACCCUGAUGAACUGGUUGUUGAUUUGUAUAAUAAUUUUGGUUUUGAUGGAAAACUGGUUGUCAACUACGCAUGUUCUAUGGCAUGGGGCUAA